UGACAUGAGACACCCGGAAACCUUCUGCGGAUUAAUAAAUACUUGAUUCUUAAAUGACAGCAAGUUUAGAUUAUUGGUAUUAAAGUAAAUUGUUCCUUCUGGGAUUAACGGAGAUGAUUCAGGCGUUAAAAGGUGUGAGACACGUCACGUCCGGUGCGGCGAAGCAAGCAGUUUCAGAGCUCUGCAUCGCGGUGCCAUGGGGGGAGAUCAGAGGUACAGUCUGGGGUCCUGAUCAUGGUCGGCCGGUGCUGUGCCUGCAUGGCUGGGCUGAUAACUGUGGGACGUUCAACGCGCUGCUCCCUUUUCUACCCAAAGACUUCAGGUACGUCGCGGUGGACUUGCCCGGUCACGGCUGCUCAUCCCAUCGUCCUCCUGGAGUUCUCUAUGCCUUCCCUUCUUACGUGUUGGACGUGCGCAGAGUGGUUGAUGCGCUGCAGUGGAGCAGGUUCUCCAUCAUCGGCCACAGCAUGGGUGGAAACAUAGCUGGAAUGUUCAGCGCUCUGUAUCCUGAGAUGGUGGACGCCGUGGUGCUGCUGGACUCCUACGGGUUCAUACCUACUGAUCCGAAAGAAAUGCCUGGAAUACUACGGCAGGGGAUGGAUGAGAUGAUCCAGUUUGAAAAGAAGAUGGAGGGCAUGAAGGGGCGAGUUUACACCUAUGAAAAGGCUGUUGAAAGGCUUUUGGCUGCUAACCCAAGUCUGGGUGAAGCGUCUGCAAAGAUCCUCUUAGAGCGAGGUCUGGUCCAGGUGGACGGAGGAGUGACGUUCUCCAGAGACUUUCGCAUCAAC